AUACAACAAAAAUAUCAGAAAAUAAAAAGGAGUUUGUCUUUAGGUUCUUCUCUCCAAUCUCUAUUUUUCUCUCCAAUAUCCUUCUUAAGUUUUUGAACCCUCUCCACUUCAAUAUAACCGACCUCUCUUCUCUCUUCUGAAAAAAACACCAAAGGAGCUUUAAAUGCUCCGUUACAUAAUCUCUAUCUCUUUCCAAGAAUAUAGAGAAAGGAAAAUAAUAUACAAGAAUUAAAAGAAGGUAUAUCAUCAUCUCUCUAGCUAGUGAUCAAAGCACCGUCAUCAUCAUCAUAUAUCAUCAGCUUGCCUCAGAGGAGAAGACCAACAUAAGAGAGAUCGAAGAUCAAAAUCUAUCUCUCUUCAUCAUCUUCUGCUGUUACUAUCAUAUCACACGCUCUCUCAAACAUCAUCCUAUAUAUAGACUUCUCUUCAUCAUCAUCAAAUGCAAGGUCAUCACCAGAAUCAUCAUCAACACUUAUCAUCAUCCUCCGCCACGUCUUCCCAUGGAAACUUCAUGAACAAAGAUGGGUAUGAUAUUGGAGAGAUAGACCCAUCACUCUUCCUCUAUCUUGAUGGACAAGGACAUCAUGAUCCUCCAUCAACUGCUCCUUCUCCUUUACAUCAUCAUCACACAACUCAGAAUUUGGCGAUGAGACCUCCAACAUCGACGCUCAACAUCUUUCCAUCUCAGCCUAUGCACAUAGAGCCACCUCCUUCUUCUACACACAAUACCGAUAAUACAAGAUUAGUUCCGGCUGCUCAACCUAGUGGUUCCACUCGACCAGCUUCUGACCCGUCCAUGGACUUGACCAAUCAUUCUCAGUUUCAUCAACCUCCUCAAGGUUCUAAAUCCAUCAAGAAGGAAGGGAACCGCAAGGGUCUUGCCUCAUCGGACCAUGACAUACCUAAAUCGUCAGACCCUAAAACAUUGAGAAGACUAGCACAAAACAGAGAAGCAGCAAGAAAAAGCAGAUUACGUAAAAAGGCUUAUGUUCAGCAACUCGAGUCAUGUAGGAUCAAACUGACCCAACUAGAACAAGAGAUUCAACGGGCCAGAUCCCAAGGCGUAUUCUUUGGAGGGUCUCUUAUAGGAGGAGAUCAACAGCAAGGUGGACUACCCAUUGGCCCUGGCAACAUCAGCUCUGAAGCAGCGGUGUUCGAUAUGGAAUAUGCGAGGUGGCUGGAGGAGCAGCAGAGGCUAUUAAACGAACUAAGGGUGGCAACACAAGAACACUUGUCCGAGAACGAGCUUAGGAUGUUUGUGGACACAUGUUUAGCUCAUUAUGACCAUUUGAUUAACCUCAAGGCUAUGGUCGCUAAGACCGAUGUCUUCCACCUCAUUUCUGGAGCAUGGAAAACUCCAGCUGAACGUUGCUUCUUGUGGAUGGGUGGUUUCCGUCCAUCGGAGAUCAUUAAGGUGAUUGUGAACCAGAUAGAACCAUUGACGGAGCAACAGAUAGUUGGGAUAUGUGGGCUGCAACAGUCCACACAAGAGGCCGAGGAGGCUCUCUCGCAAGGCCUCGAGGCGUUGAAUCAAUCACUUUCCGAUAGCAUUGUCUCUGACUCCCUCCCGCCUGCCUCCGCACCACUUCCUCCUCAUCUAUCCAAUUUCAUGUCACACAUGUCCUUAGCUCUCAACAAGCUCUCUGCUCUCGAGGGCUUCGUUCUCCAGGCGGAUAAUUUGAGGCACCAAACGAUCCAUAGGCUGAACCAAUUGUUGACGACCCGUCAAGAAGCACGGUGUCUUCUAGCCGUUGCGGAGUACUUCCACCGUCUUCAAGCUCUAAGUUCUCUCUGGCUAGCCCGUCCUCGGCAAGAUGGAUAAUACUAAAACAACUGAUGAAGGAAACCAAAAACAAAAACAAGAGAAUAGGUUGAUUAGUUAGCCGCCAGCUUGACCUCUUUAUCAUAUAUAUCGUCUCUCUACUCAAAUACAGUGCAAUUAGGGAAAAUUGUUUGGCUUCUUUUUGUUAUAUGAUUCUUACUAUUAUGUUUUUAAUCAAGAUGCAGAUUAUAUAUAUAGACAAGUAUUCCAUACCUUUUAAUGAAUUCUUCCUUAUGCAAA